GAAAAGUCAAACUUGAUGCUUACGAGGAGCAAACUCGACCGUCCGAUCGGCUCCCGCGGACGUGCCAGAUCCGUGCGAGAUCUCGACUCCACCUCCGAGUGGGACAUCGGCAGAAUUCCCUCGAACCUUCUUCUUCGUCUUCUCCUUCUUCUUCCUUCAUCGUCCUAUACCAUCGAACUCUUCGGUAACCACGGCACCGACGGACCCCUGAUCCUACUUCUUUUGCCCUUCGAUUGGCUCAAGCUCCGCUUGGAUUCAUUCGGUGGUUACUUGAUGGAAAGCGGGGCUGGAGAAUCGACGAGUAAGCUGGCCCAAAGUGUGUCUUCCUCCGACAACAGUAGCAAUGAUGCAGGCGAUUUCGAAUGCAACAUUUGCCUUGAAUUGGCUCAUGACCCUGUCCUGACCCUUUGUGGUCACCUCUAUUGUUGGCCCUGUCUCUACAGGUGGCUGCGCCAUCACUCGCAUUGCCACGAAUGCCCAGUAUGCAAGGCCCUUAUACAAGAGGAGAAAUUAGUCCCUCUUUACGGAAGGGGGAAGACUCAGACGGACCCGAGAUCCAAAUCUUAUCCUGGAAUUGAGAUCCCCAAUCGCCCUUCGGGACAAAGGCCCGAAACUGCUCCGCCUCCAGAAGCGAAUCAGUUCGCAAAUUAUGGGUUUGGUUUCAUGGGAGGGUUCAUGCCGAUGGCCUAUGCUAGGAUUGGGAACUUCACGCUCUCCACUGCCUUUGGCGGUCUAAUCCCUGCUCUGUUCAAUGUGCAAUUCCAUGGAUUUCAGGAUGCCACCGUGUAUGGGACGACGUCGGGUUAUCCCUAUGGCUUCAACACAUUCCACGGUGGUCAUGCCCAUGGUUUUCCGCAGACGGCUGUGCGAGGCCAGCAGGCAGAUACCGUGUUGAAGAACCUUCUUCUACUCAUUGGAGUCUUUGUGGUUCUUGCGCUGCUUUGCUGGUGAUCUGACUUUGGAUUAUCUUGGUGAUGAUUUCUCUUUACUCUUUUUACAGUUGUCUUCAUGCUCCAUAAGGCUUAGGCUAGUAAAGGUUCGAGUUGGGUGUUCAGAGGUUGUCAAUAUGAUCUGCAAAUCCUUGAUAUUCUGUUUCAGAUAUAACACGCACUCUUUUUCUUUGCGCAGACAUGUUCGUCUAUGUCUGCACGUGGUUCCCUGUUCAUAUUUGCGUGCAACCUUUUACUUACUUCCCGUGUUCUCUUCAGUAGUGUCAUCUAUUCUGUUUGCCAUCACCAAGGAAUAUAGGACCUGUCUUGAGUGUUCUCUUUGUAACUGUACAAUGCUUAAAGGUGAUGCAUCUGUUCUUUUUCCAAGUGCAAUCGAGUAAAAGAAAGUGCUUGUGAUUCUGGAA